AUGUCAAUCCAGUUUCUGCUGAGACUCCUGGUCCUCUGUGUGCUGCUGCUGCAGGCCCAGGGAGGCUACCAAAGAUGGAAGAAGCUUCAGAGUAGACAAAGCUGUGGCAAGCACAUCAAAAUAGAUUUGUGCCAGCAUCAGUGUGAAUAUGACCAAGAGUGUCAAGCAAAUAAUAUAUGCUGUUCAGCCUUCUGUGGGAAUAUCUGCAUGAAUGUCCUGUGA